CGGCACUCCACGUCGCAGUUGGUGGACCUCGGAGCGGCGGCACGGCACGGGUUGAGGUGGAGGAGGUGAAGUCAGUGCGCGACGGCGGCACGGGUACUCGGGGAGACGCGGCGGCGCGGCAGAGGCGAGGAUGUCUGACGGGGGUGAGGAGGACGGACAGAUGGACGGGCAGAGGGAGGCGGGCGGCCGUGGCCGCUCCCCGGAGUGGCUGAGCCGCGGUUUAGAGCGCGGCGCGCCGCCGCUGCUGCUGCUCGACGUGCGCGCCCCGGAGGCGUUCCGCGAGGCGCGGGUGCGCGGCGCGCUCAGCCUCUGCGUGCCCCCGGGCCUCAUGCUGCGCCGCCUGCGCAAGGGCAGUCUGCCCGUGCGCUCGCUCAUCCCCGAGCAGCGCCACAAGGACGCGUUCGCCCGCCGCUGUAAGAGCCACGCGGUGCUCCUGUACGGGGCGGACGGCGGCGGCGACUGCGGCGGCGAGGACGGCGGCGGCGGCGGCUCCGUGCUGGCGCUCAUCCUGAGGCGCCUGCGCGAGGAGGGUUGCGAGGCGUCGUUCCUGCAGGGCGGCUUCGACGGCUUUAGGAAUGCGUACCCGCAGCACUGCGAGGCGAGCAACGUGUGCGCGCCCAGCUCCAAGUGUCCUUGCACUCCCGGCUUCCCCACAGCACUGAGCCUCAGCAGCCUCGCCAUCAACUCCGAUUCGUCCGACGGAGACUCCGACGUGGCCAGCGCGUCCGCCGAGGACUUGUCGUCAUCCUCCUCCUCGCGGUUCUCAUCCGAGGAGGGAAGCCCGGCCCCGCCGAUGCAGUGCCCCAUUCAGAUCCUGCCCCACCUCUUCCUGGGCUGCGCGCAGGACUCGUCAAACAUGGAGGCGCUGGCCCAGCACGGCAUCCGCUACAUCCUGAACGUGACACCCAAUCUGCCCAACACCUUCGAGCGCAUCGCCGACUUCAAAUAUAAGCAGAUUCCCAUUUCCGAUCACUGGAACCAGAACCUGUCACAGUUCUUCCCAGAGGCCAUCGCCUUCAUUGACGAGGCCCGGAACAAACAGUGUGGCGUGCUGGUCCAUUGCCUGGCCGGCAUCAGCAGGUCGGUGACGGUCACCGUGGCCUACCUCAUGCAGAAGCUCAGCCUGCCCCUCAACGACGCCUACGACUUCGUGAAGCACAAGAAGUCCAACAUAUCGCCCAACUUCAACUUCAUGGGGCAGCUGUUGGACUUCGAGCGCCGCCUUGGCCUUGGCAGUCCGGCGCCGUGCGACAACCGGCGCGGCCGCGAGCUCCGUCUCUUCUUUACGACGCCCGCCAGUCACAAUGCUUUCGGUCUGGUGGAGGCCAUCGAGUCCACGUGAGGCCCCAGGGCGGGACUCGGCUCACUGCGGGGAUUUCUUGAAAUCCGAUCGCCGCCGCCAUCGUCAUCGCCGCUUAAUUGUGCCGAGCGUCACCAAGUGCUCGGUCUUCGAGGCGGGAUGGUGGCCGUGUGGCGGCGUUUGGCUAGAAGCACAAUGAGCGCUUGAUUGAAUGGUUAACUUCAAAGGGUCUGAUCUCUGAAUAGUCAAAAGUGGUUUAAUUUUGAAGGUGUGGCCAUCUGAAUGACAGCUUUUUAGGUCAUUUGAUGUACCGUUGUCAGAUUCGUGUAAAUUGAACAGCCAGAAAUCUGGAAUAGAUGUUAUUUUUUGAAGACAACUGUUUAAAAUGGAUACUUAAGGGUUUUGUGAAGAAAGACAUUGAAACAUGUUUUAAUCUGUAAAUACUUUUGGAUUGUAUCACCACUCUCAUAUUCCCUGUGUGACAGCCAACAUCUCGUACGGUGAACAAACGUCCUUUUCGGCAGUCCCACGGUCGGCAGAGCCUCAGGUCGGGGAGCAGCCCCCGGGAGAUGAGAAACCACUGCUCACCGCGUCUGCUCAACCAGGCCCCCAUUGACCUAACUCUACCGUACUGUGGUGCGUCUCUAUGACCCGGCGUUGGUCGAGGUGUAAACCUGUUGACCGGUCACAAAAGUGUAGCUGCGUGGAUCAUACCGUGCCUGGCUCGGUGGCUGGUGGUGGCGAUCGCUCCAAGAGGCACCUCUGAAACGAAACCGACGCUGUGCAAGUCGACUCUUCAUCGGGGCGAUCUUCACCCCUUAACCCUGCAAGAGGCGUGCUGUGAAAAGCCACACAGAAUGUUUUGCAAACCGUUAUUGCCAUACGUAAGCGUGUUAGUUUCGUGACUUUGUAUAUGGGGCUGCCCAAACAUUGGGACUCCGACAUAGAAAUGAAGCUUUGUUUUUCUGCAUGAGACCUCCUGUGUCGUCGGGAUGCAGCUCCGUGUUUUCAUGUUUGCAGCUGCAACUCCGCUUUUAAAGGCGAUCGCGCGCUCACACAUUUCCCUAAACAUCGGGGACAUUUGUACAGAGGUGAAAUCAAAGAUGUAUAUCUUGUACAAAUAAAACAUAUUUUGAGUAUAAAUAAAA